UGGGCUGUGAGGAUGCAGGCAAAAAAGCUGAGAUAAUCAUGGCUUUCCUUGCUUUGGCAGUUCAACGUAUGCAUUUAAUUCAGAUGGACUCAGUCCAGCGUUGGAUGGAAGACCUGAAGCUCAUGACUGAUUGUGAAUGCAUGUGCAUUCUUCAGUCUAAACCAAUCAGCCUAGAAGAAGAUGUACAUGGUGAAUUUCCCGUUUCAUCACAACAUGGUACCUGUGACAACUUGCAGUUGUUGCUGAAAAGAGCUUGGAUUAUAAGCACUGAGCUGACCAGGAUUGUUCAAAAACUGGAGAAGAAUAGAUGGCAGAGAGUUCACAGCAUGACAGUACGAGUCAAUUGCCAUGUCCGAUCAAUGAUCAGUGAAUAUAAUAUAGUCACAAGGAAUUCUUGGGAAGAAAUGCAUCAGUAUGAAAAAAUGCUGGUGGACAAAUGCUCAGAGCUUACAACAGUUACUGAAAGGUGCAUACAGAUUGAAGAUGAACAAAUAUUAAAGUCAAUGAAGUCUUGUAUUAAUGAUGCACUAACCACGGUGGCACAGUAUUUUGGCCAAUUGAUAGAACUAGCUCUGACACAUGAAAUAAAGAACUUGGUGAAGGAAAUAGAUUCGUCAGAUACUCUGUACUCUGUAGAAUCAGCUGUAAGCAAUUUAUUCAGCCUUACCCAAGAAGGAUCUCAUUUGUGUCACAUCAUUGCAAAGGAAGGAGGUAUUGUUGCCUUGCUUCAGAUCUGCCGUCAAGAUUGCUUCAAGUGCCUGUGUCCUCAAGUACUCCGGACACUGGCCUCGGUAUGCUGUGUGGAAGAGGGAAUCCAACAGCUGGAAAAGGUUGAUGGAAUAUUAUGCUUGGCUGACAUUCUUACAAACGGUACACACUCCCAAGCUACUCAUGCCGAAGCAGCAGCAGUAAUAGCUCAGAUCACAUCUCCUCAGCUCCCUUUCACUCAACAUCUCAACAGCUUUCUUGAGAACAUGGAAGAAAUUGUCACAGCACUUCUCAAACUGUGCCAAGAGGCUGCCUCUGGGGAAGUUUUCCUAUUGGCUUCAGCUGCACUUGCCAACAUUACAUUUCUGGACUCAAAGGCCUGUGAGAUGUUGCUUCAGCUGGAUGCAAUGAAUAUUCUUAUUGAAGCUUGUUCUGACAAACAGAAAGUAGAUAGUCCCUAUUCUCGAGAUCAGAUUGUAACAGUAUUUGCAAAUCUGUCUGUCCUGGACCACUGUGCUUCAGAAAUAAUCCAACAAAAUGGUGUUCAAGUUUUAAUGGAAAUGCUGUUUGAAAAAUCGUCAUUUGAGAAUCCACCGGAAAGAGCUGCUUGUGAACGAGUUCAACAAAAAGCCGCAGUGACACUUGCCCGGCUGAGCCGCGAUCCUGAAGUAGCGCAUUCAGCUAUAAAACUCAACUGUAUUCCACGUCUCAUACAGCUUUGCCGGUCUCCAGGUGAAAGAAAUAACAGUGAUUCUGUUCUUGUUGCUUGUCUGGCAGCUUUACGACGGUUAGCUGUUAUGAGCCCUGAUGGUCUUCAAGAGUCAGAUUUCCAGCAGUUGGUGAAGCCCAGGCUUGUGGAUUCCUUCCUCCUUUGUACCAAUAUGGAAGAGAGCUUUGUGUAAACAAACAGAACUAUAUCAUUAAUGUUAUUCAUGAUUGUGUAACUAAUUGGUUAUUUAUGAUUAAUUUAUUAGAAGAGCUUAUCAACUAACA